AUGAACCUCAAUCCAGAGAGCAGUACUCUGAAAUUGCCGAACAUCAGCAAUACGGGCAAUCGGCCGCCUGAACAAGAUGACUGGGCCCAUUAUGAUGACGAGGACUGUACGGUCACGGAUGCGGUCUACCGCGUGCGAGCUAGUGAAGACAGCUACGCCAUGGAAUCCCGCUUCAGUGUCGAUCAUCUGCAAGAUCGACCACCCUACGCGUCUAAAGUGCUUAUUAACACCGUCUUCAACGACUUAGGAACUCGUGCGAAAGGCAUGGAGGAGCAGUUAAUGAGGCAACAGAUCUGGAACAAAGAUAUACAAUGGGGUGUUAAUGUUUUUGCAGAGGGCGUGCCCAGGCUUCAGGCUUUAAAGGAUGCGAUAACAGCCCUGGAAGCAAAACUUGAUAUUCUUAAUCAAAAGUAG